AUGCGUCUUCCGUUCGUCGUCGCCUUUGGGACACUGGCGUAUUUAGUCCCAAGCACUUACGCAUGGGGUGCGGCUGGCCACGAAAUUGUCGCCACGAUAGCGCAGAUGUACGUUCAUCCCCGUGCGCUUGAGACGAUGUGCAACAUCCUCGACCUUCCUUCCAACAACUGCUAUCUAGCCCGGGUAGCUACCUGGGCCGACCAACAGCGCAUGCGUAUGCGCUGGUCUGCCUCUCUUCACUACGUCGGGGCCCUUGACGACCACCCAUCCGAUACCUGUGCUUUCCCUGGUUCGCGAGGAUGGGCUGGAAACAGAGCUAUCAACGUGCUUGACGGAGUUAAGAACACUACGUCCCUCUUACAGGACUGGGUGAAUCAUGAGUCCAGCGAUGAUGUCGCAUCCGAAGCCUUGAAGUUCCUCAUCCACUUUGUUGGCGAUAUGCACCAGCCACUGCAUUUGACCGGAAGGGACCGCGGUGGAAACUCAGUCAAAGUUCUCUUUGACAGGCGGCACACCAACCUCCACUCGCUCUGGGACAGCCUCUUAAUUGCCAAGGCCGUCCGCACAGUCCCCCGAAAUUACUCUCAACCCCUCCCGUAUCCUCGCAUAGAAGCUGCCCUCCGAGGCACCAUCUACGACUCCUACGUCCGCCGAAUUAUGUGGGAGGGCGUCCUUAACUCCUGGGAUGACGACCUCGAGGAGUGGCUCAGCUGCCCCGCUCCUGACGAACCUACCACUUCCCAUAGCGGCCUGCUCGGUAUGUGGAAUGCAGCAUACUCAACCACGACCAAGCUCGUUCAAGCCCUCCUGCGGGAUGGGGUAGAGAUUAGCCCCGAUGGCCCCGUCAUAUGCCCCUACUAUUGGUCGCAGCCCAACCAUCAGCUGAACUGUGAGAUCAUCUGGCCGAAGGAACUCGACGAGCCGCCCUUCAAUGUGCGCUUCGAUUCGGGUGGCGAGGAAGAGCAUCCAUAUGGCCACGAUGACGACCUUGAAGACCCAGAGCCGAUGUUGGGGGAAUUACCCCUCCUUCAGCUCGACACGCCACAAUACUCGGGUGUCAUCGCGAAGCGCAUGAUCCUCGAGAAGCUGCUCGCUCAAGGUGGUAUUCGUCUGGCGGGGAUCUUGAACUACAUUUUCGCCGAUGAAGAUGAGUUAGAGGGAGGACGAGGUGCUUUCUUGGCGAAGCUUGUCACUUAG